AUGGCGCCUCCGCGUUCGAUUAGUCCGGAUUCGCUGCAAUCCUCUAUUAGUAGCUGCAGUGGCCACAGCUUUGGCUCCGUUAGAUCCGCUGCCUCCUCAAGUGUACCGAUCCAUCCGACCCUGUUCAUCCGUGACCCUCGUAGGAAGAAUCCUCGGAACGCCCACCAGCGUCACCAACUGACUGAGAGUGACUUUGGCUUUCGUUCACCAACCAGCCUGUCCACUAAGAUUCGUAGACUGCUCUCCGUCCCUGCACUCCUCCCAAAGGCUCUCCUCAACCGCCAUCAUCACCAGCCUCAAUCCCCCCUUUCUCAGUCUUCCUCCUGUCAACCUUCCUCUCCAUUGUCUCGACAUCACCCCGCACAAUCAAGUCAAAAUUUUAUCGGUGAAAGACCUUUGGACAAAUGA